CUACAAUGGCCGCCGUUUCGAAGCCCGCUAGCCAGAACAUUGCCGUGACCCUGCUCACCGCGUACCUCACCACCCUCGCCGCCCACCCCCUGGUCACCAAGGCGUGCACGACUGCGACCCUGAACUUUUUGCAGGAGGAGAUUGCGCAGCGCACCUCGGGUGUGCGUGCGGCUGAGAAGGCCUCGGAGAAGCGCGCUGCGAUCGAGGGACGCCCUGUGAGCAAGAGCCUGAUCGAGCACAUCGUCAACAAGCGUGUGCUCCAGUUUUCGCUCUACGGCCUGUUCAUCAGCGGUCCGCUGAACCACUUCCUGUACGAGAUCCUGAACAAGGUCUUCGCUAACCGCCCCAAGAACAAGCUCAACACCCUGCUCACCAUCCUGGCCCAGAACCUGAUUAUCUCGCCGAUUCUGAACUCGGUGUUCCUGGCUGCCAACACCAUCAUUGCUGGCGAGCGCAACAUCGAGAACGUCAUCAACGUCGUGCGCACGCGCCUGCUGGGCAUGAUGAAGGUUUCGUGGGUUGUGUUCCCCUGCGUCCAGCUCUUCGCAGCCAAGUUCCUGCCCCCUCUUGUCUGGGUGCCCUUCUUCAACUCGGUUGCCUUCACUUUCGGCACCUACUUCAACACCCAAGGCAAGAUCCGUGCCCUCCAGGCUGCCAAGCGCGCCGAGGAGGACGAGAAGCGCGAUUAAAUUGGCCCUGGGCAUUGAAGGGGAUAAGGC